ACGCUAGUCGGCAUAUGAUGGCAAGGCAUCUCACCCGUCGACUAUUUGCAAGACCCAUAGUUCAGUUGCUCUAGGUUUCUAUUUAACGUUAAAUCCGGUACCCAUCACAUCACCGUACAUGCCGAGUAUUCUCAAUUGCUUUUUGGGCCUAUAGACUCAAGUAUAGCCGCAUUUCAAUGCUGUCAACUGGAGGCAUGUCGACAUCGCUCUUAGACGACUCAUACUUCCAAUAACAUUUCAGAUUCGAUAAUCCUCUCGGCUUCGAGGUCAUAAAUGGUGAAUUAUUACUAGUCCGCCAUUUCAAAUCUCAUUAACCAUUUGAUUGCUGUCGGUAGUCUCAAAUUAGACCCAGAAUCAGUAUUAUCAAACAUUGUUGACAUUUCCUCAUCAUGGCACAUCAAAGGGAAGUACCCUCAUCAGCACUGCCCACGACUCGCCAAUCGGGCCAAGCGAAUACACAACAAAGAGGUCUCGCCAGCAGCAGGAGCCAUGCCAGCCAGGGCAGCACAAGGCCCGACAGUUGGUGGAAGAUUCAUCUAUUUCGAGGCAUGAUCAAUGAUAUUCGUCGAAGAGCACCGUAUUAUUGGAGUGAUUACAAGGAUGCGUGGGAUUAUCGUGUUGUGCCGGCCACGAUAUACAUGUAUUUUGCCAAUAUCAUGCCUGCCCUGGCUUUCUCACUCGAUAUGUUCACCAAGACAGACAUGCAAUACGGCGUCAACGAGGUGCUGCUUGCAUCUGUCCUCGGCGCAGUGGUGUUUGCCGUUCUCGCGUGUCAGCCGCUAGUCAUUGUAGGCGUAACAGGCCCCAUCACCGUGUUCAACUAUACCGUCUACGAUAUCAUGGCCCCAACGGGCACGAAUUACCUUGCCUUCAUGUGCUGGAUCGGCCUCUGGUCUCUCGUGUUUCACUGGAUCCUCGCCAUUACCAAUUCUUGCAACUGGCUGAAAUACGUCACGCGCUUUCCGUGCGAUAUCUUCGGGUUCUACGUCGCCUUCAUCUACCUGCAGAAGGGCAUCCAGGUCCUCGAGCGAUUUGGAAACGACGCACCGUUCUAUCUCUCGGUCAUGGUGGCGCUGCUCGUUUUCAUGAUCGCAUAUGCGUGCGGCGAGCUUGGUGGGAGCCCCCUGUUCUGGCACCCGGUACGGAUCUUCUUAAAGGACUAUGGCACGCCGCUGACGGUCAUCUUCUUCACCGGCUUCGUCCACUUCGGCAGGAUGGACUCGAUCGAGCUCGAGAAACUGCCGACAAGCAAGAGUUUCUUCCCGACCGCCGACAGGGGUUGGUUCAUUCACUUCUGGGAUAUCAGUGUGGGCGACGUGUUUCUGGCAAUUCCUUUUGCCAUCUUGCUCACCAUUCUGUUCUGGUUCGACCACAAUGUCUCGUCAUUAAUCGCGCAAGGAACCGAGUUCCCCCUCCGCAAGCCCGCAGGCUUCCACUGGGACCUGUUCCUCCUGGGCCUGACCACGGGCGUAGCCGGUCUCCUCGGCCUCCCCUUCCCCAACGGCCUGAUCCCCCAGGCGCCCUUCCACACCGAGUCGCUCUGCGUGACAAAGGCGGUCCUCGACACGGAGGAGGGCGGCGAGGAGAAGAAGGGCAACUACAGAUACGAGCCGACGCACGUGGUGGAGCAGCGCGUCUCGAACCUAGCCCAGGGCCUCCUGACGCUGGGCACCAUGUCGGGCCCCCUGCUGGUGGUGCUGCACCUGAUCCCGCAGGCGGUGCUGGCCGGCCUGUUCUUCAUCAUGGGGUACCAGGCGCUGGAGGGCAACGGGAUCACGGCCAAGAUCCUGUUCCUGCUGCGCGACGGGGCGCUGACCCCAGCGGGCCACCCGCUGAGGCGGGUCCGCCGCCGCGCCGCCGUCUGGUGGUUCGUGGCGCUCGAGCUGGUCGGGUUCGGGGCCACUUUCGCCAUCACGCAGACGGUCGCCGCCAUCGGGUUCCCCGUCUUCAUUCUGCUGCUCAUUCCAGUGCGGGCGCUGUUGCUGCCCAGGCUCUUCACCGGCGAGGAGCUGGGUCUGUUGGAUGCCCCGACGGCGAGCGCGCGUACCAUGGAAGGCAUUGGUGGCUCGUAUGGGGGCCAAGAUGAGGGACUUGUGGAGAACAGUGGCAGUGCGACGAGCCAAGAGCAGCCGGUGGGGGGCGACCGUGAGUUGAUGGUGGGUAGAAUGAGCGAGGAGGACCUGGCGGAGAUGGGGCAAAGUAAAGGUGUCCUUGAUGCUAACGAGAGGAGCGGCAAGGACAUUGAUAUGGGUAGGUCUGGCACGGCGGGCAGUGGCGUAAGUCGGCGAUCUCGUACCGGGCAGAGCGGGCAAGGUUCGAGGGAAUCAUGAGCGUAUAACAGUCCUCUGCAUGCAGAAUGACUAAGAAAGAUCAAGAUGUAGAGCAAAAUGGAAAGGCGGAGGGGAGCACCAUAAUCAGAUAUCAUGCGGCCGAUAUUAGGGAUAUCUUGGAGCUCGCUAGGUUAGAACUGUAUCAGACUAUGCUUAAAACUUGGUUUCACAAAAAAUUUAAGGUAUGCCAUAACAUGGUGUUACGUUGCUGUUUUGGACGGGG